AUGCAUGUUGUCAAGCGAGGAGGACAGCGGGAGCCCAUGGAUAUGGCCAAGUUCACUCGGCGACUGACGGCAUUGUGCUUCAAUCUAUCGAGUGUCGUAAGUGCCACUGAGAUCGCCCAAAAGACGGUGGACGGAGCAUUUGAUGGAGUGUCGACUGUGGAACUCAACAACCUGGCAUCGGAGACGGCAGCGGCAUUGAUGACCCGCCAUCCAGACUAUGGAGUGCUGGCGGCUCGACUGUCGGUGUCGAAUCUACAUAAACAGACCAGUGACAAGUUCGUCAAUGUCAUGCAACAACUGUACGACAACAAGGAUGAGACGGGAGAGCAUGCGCCGUUGGUGACUCUGGCUCUUCUUGAGCGAGCACAGAACCAUGGGGAGACCCUCGAAUUGGCAAUCUCGUACUACCGAGACAUGACUUACUCCUACUUUGGAUUCAAGACCCUGGAGAAGUCAUACUUAUUGAGAGUUGGCGGAAACGUGGUGGAGCGACCUCAACAUAUGUUGAUGCGAGUGGCCCUGGGCAUCCAUGGAGAUGAUAUUUUCAAGGUGCGCGAAACCUACCAGGCUCUGUCGCUCAGAAAAUUCACACAUGCGUCUCCUACUUUGUUCAAUGCAGGAACCCCCCAGGGCCAACUUUCGUCCUGUUUCCUGGUGGCCAUGGCAGCAGACUCCAUCGACGGCAUCUACGACACGCUCAAAACGUGUGCCCAAAUCUCCAAAACCGCCGGAGGUAUCGGCUUGCAUAUCCACAACAUUAGAGCCAAGGGAGCUCUCAUUACUGGGUCUCAAGGAAGAUCCUCCGGAAUCGUUCCUAUGCUCAGAGUGUUCAACAACACUGCUCGGUACGUGGACCAAGGAGGAAACAAACGUCCAGGAGCGUUUGCAGUGUAUUUGGAGCCCUGGCAUGCAGACAUUUUGGAUUUCCUGAAUCUGCGCAAAAACCAUGGUGCCGAGGAAAAUCGAGCCCGUGACCUCUUCUACGCCUUAUGGGUGCCUGACCUGUUUAUGCGCAAAGUCGAGAAUGGCGAAAAGUGGUCUCUUUUCUGUCCCAGAAAGGCCCCAGGUCUGGCCGAUGUUUGGGGAGAGGAAUUCGACCGCAAGUACGAGGAUUACGAGUCUAAGGGACUUUACAACUCGCAGAUUGACGCCCAGGAGCUGUUCAAGGCCAUUCUGACGAGCCAAAUUGAAACAGGAGGACCUUUCAUGCUGUAUAAAGACAGCUGUAACGCGAAAUCCAACCAGAAGAACCUCGGCACAAUCAAAUCGUCCAAUUUGUGUACCGAGAUUGUCCAGUACUCGUCUCCUGACGAGGUUGCUGUUUGCAAUCUGGCCUCUGUCGCCCUUCCUGAGUUUGUCCAGCUCAAGGGCUCCUCUGGGUCCUACAACUUUGGAGAGCUUCAUGAGACUGUCAAACACAUGACCCGAAACCUCAACUGCAUCAUUGAAGCUAAUUGUUAUCCUGUUAAGGAGGCAGAAACGAGCAAUAAGCGACACAGACCGAUUGCUGUGGGUGUUCAGGGCCUGGCUGACGUGUUUAUGAAGCUACGAAUGCCCUUCGACAGCCCCGAGGCUGCAGAGUUGAAUGUUCUCAUCUUUGAAACCAUUUACCAUGCAGCCUGUGAGGCAUCUAUCGAGCUGGCCGCUGAAUUGGGACCCUAUGAGACCUAUGAAGGCAGUCCCGCCAGUCAGGGAAAGCUGCAGUUUGAUCUGUGGAACAAGACACCGUCGGAUCUCUGGGAUUGGGCUCGCCUCAAGACCAAGCUCGCCAAACACGGUAUGCGAAACUCUCUACUUGUUGCCCCCAUGCCUACAGCUUCCACAUCGCAGAUUCUGGGCCACAACGAGUGUUUCGAACCGUACACGUCCAACAUUUACCUUCGUCGGGUCCAGGCUGGUGAGUUUCUCGUGGUGAACCAGUGGCUGAUGAAAGAUCUAAUCAAACUGGGCAUGUGGACCGAGGAGAUGAAAAACCGCAUCAUUCACGACAACGGCUCGAUCCAGAGCAUCACCCAGAUACCCGAACACAUCCGAGCCGUGUACAGAACUGCGUGGGAAAUCAAGGCCCGUAAUAUCAUUGAUAUGGCUGCUGCACGGGCGCCCUACAUUGACCAAUCCCAGUCGCUUAACAUUUUCAUGCCUGAGAUUACGCAUGGAAAAAUCACAGCCAUGCAUUUCCAUGGCUGGAAGGCUGGACUUAAAACAGGCAUGUAUUAUCUGAGAACUCCGCCUGCUGCUCAUGCUAUCCAGUUUACUGUGGACAAAACGCUACUUCAGAACAUUCAGGACCCUGUUGGAGAGGUGGAUCCAGUGGUGUAUGAGCCUCCUUCCAUGCCCUGGGCCUCGGAAAGCCCCUCAGGACCCUCUACUAGGGCUUCCACGCCUAGUUCUCUGUCGCGUGACGUGCUCAUCCAUUCCGCAAAGAGAAGGGCGGAGGAUCUGGAGGGCACGUAUCCUUCAAAGAAGGACGACCGGUAUGAAAUUUAUGACGAGUCUCCGAGAGCAUGUUCGUUGGUGCCUGAGGCGGAUUGUGAGACGUGCUCUGGAUAG